AUGGCACCUCCUAACGCAGAAAUUUCCCAUCCCACCGCUACCUCUAAUGGUACCCUCAACUCUCCUACUCCCUUAUUUAAAGUUAAUUCCCCUAAUGUCCAAUACACGAAUGACCACAUUUUUUCCAAGUACACUUAUUUCAACACGUUGGUGAAAAAGCAAGCUGAUGGUACUUUGAUUGCUGAGCCUACAGAAACAAUUUAUGAGUUCAAGACGGAACGUACUGUCCCCCGUGUUGGUGUAAUGCUUGUCGGAUGGGGCGGCAACAAUGGUUCGACUUUGACAGCUUCUAUUCUAUCACAUAAAAAGAAGCUGACUUGGCAUACUAGAACUGGCGCUCAUGAACCCAAUUAUUACGGCUCCGUGACUCAAUCUUCCACUGUUCGUUUAGGUGUUGAUCCUGAAGGAAAUGACAUUUAUGUUCCCAUGAAAGAUAUGUUACCCAUGGUAGAUCCUACUGAAUUGGUUAUUGGCGGUUGGGACAUCUCUGGUAAGAACUUAGCUGAAGCUAUGGAACGCGCCAAAGUUCUCCCUUAUGAUCUUCAACGUCAAGUAAAAGAUGACAUGGUCAAUAUGGUUCCUUUGCCUUCUAUCUACUAUCCUGACUUUAUCGCAGCCAAUCAAGAAGAUCGUGCUGAUAAUUUAAUCCCUGGUAACAAUAAACGCGCCCACGUCAAUCAAAUUCGUAAAGAUAUUCGGGACUUCAAGGCCAACAAUGGUUUAGAUAAGGUUAUUGUACUCUGGACUGCCAAUACUGAACGCUUUGCCGAACUUAUCGAUGGUGUUAAUGAUACUGCUGAUAACUUCUUGGCUGCUGUCGAGAACUCUCAUGAUGAAAUUGCUCCCUCCUCCAUCUUUGCCCUUGCUGCUAUUGAAGAAGGUGCUCCCUUUAUCAACGGAUCACCUCAGAAUACCUUUGUGCCUGGUUUGAUACAACUCGCUGAACGUCAUCAUACUUUCAUUGGUGGUGACGAUUUCAAAUCCGGACAAACGAAAAUGAAAUCUGCUCUUGUUGACUUCCUUGUCAAUGCGGGUAUUAAGCCUGUAGCUAUUACGUCUUAUAACCAUUUAGGCAACAAUGAUGGUAAAAACCUGUCUUCUCAGAGACAAUUUAGAUCCAAGGAAAUAUCGAAAUCAACUGUUGUUGAUGAUAUGGUUGCCGCUAACCAUUUGCUCUACGCCAAGAAUGAACAUCCUGAUCACACCGUUGUGAUCAAAUAUGUUCCUUCCGUUGGAGAUUCUAAACGUGCGCUCGACGAAUAUGAAUGCGACAUCUUUAUGGGAGGCCGUCAAUCUAUCUCCAUGUACAACAUUUGCGAGGAUUCGCUUCUUGCCUCACCUUUGAUCAUUGAUUUGGUUGUUAUGACAGAAUUGAUGACUCGUCUUCAAUAUAAGACCGCUGAUAUGACGAAAUUCAGUCAUUUCCAUAGUGUUCUCAGUAUCUUGAGUUACAUGUUGAAGGCUCCUAUGGUUUCUUCCGGCACACCAGUUGUCAAUGCUCUAAGCAGACAGCGUACGGCUAUUGAAAACAUUUUCAGAGCUGCCGUAGGUCUUACGGCUAAUAAUGAAAUGGGUCUAGAGCACAAGAUCUGGUAA